GGAGCUCACCUGCCUCUCUGAGCCCCCCGCUGACUGGCUAGUGCCUCCCCCAGGAUGGACACACGGACUGUGUUGCUUAUCCUACAAGCCUUGCUGAUGCUCCCCCUGGCUGACGGAGCCAACCCGGGAGCCAACCCGGGAGCCAAUCCCGUCCUGCGCUUUGUGGCUGUGGGUGACUGGGGAGGAGUCCCCAAUGCCCCGUUCUACACAGCCCGGGAAAUGGCCAAUGCCAAGGAGAUUGCCAGGACUGUGCAGAUCCUUGGCACAGACUUCAUCCUGUCCCUGGGGGACAAUUUCUACUUCUCUGGUGUGCAGGAUGCCAACGACAAGAGGUUUCGGGAGACCUUCGAGGAUGUGUUCUCUGCAUCUUCCCUCCGCAACGUGCCCUGGUACGUGCUGGCUGGCAACCACGACCACCUGGGGAACGUCUCAGCGCAGAUAGCCUACUCCAGGAUCUCUAAGCGAUGGAACUUCCCCAGCCCCUACUACCGGCUACGCUUCAAAGUCCCACGGUCCAACGUGUCUGUGGCCAUCUUCAUGCUAGACACAGUGACGCUGUGUGGCAACUCGGAUGACUUCCUCAGCCAGCAGCCCGAGAGGCCCCGUGACCUGGGGCUGGCGCGCACACAGCUGUCCUGGCUCAAGAAGCAGCUGGCGGCGGCCAAGGAGGACUACGUGCUGGUGGCCGGCCACUACCCCGUGUGGUCCAUCGCCGAGCACGGGCCCACCCACUGCCUAGUCAAGCAACUGAUGCCCCUGCUGGCCACGUACAAGGUCACCGCCUACCUGUGUGGCCAUGACCACAACCUGCAGUACCUUCAGGAUGAGAAUGGUGUGGGCUACGUGCUGAGCGGGGCUGGAAACUUCAUGGACCCUUCGAAAAAGCAUCUGCGCAAGGUCCCCAACGGCUACCUGCGCUUCCACUAUGGGGCCGAGGACUCGCUGGGCGGCUUUGCCUACGUGGAGAUCAGCCCCAAAGAGAUGAGCGUCACUUAUAUUGAAGCCUCGGGCAAGUCCCUCUUCAAGACCAGACUGCCAAGGCGAGCCAGGCGGCAGCAACCACGAGUGCACCACGCUAAGGCCUGAGGCAGACGGGCCUCCCUGCCAGGCAGUGGGUGGGCCUUGCUGGGACCCGUGCCCAUGGGCAGGCUUUCUCAUGGGCCCACCGUGCCACAGCAGAGCAGAAGGAGAACCACAGAUGAGGGGGGCUGUGGUACCAGGUGGCCCUUGUGACAAGGAUGCUCACAUAUGUGAAAGACACAUGGACACGUGUGCCAGCUGGAGUGCCAUGCCCUGCAGCCAGGCUUGUCCGACCUGCGCUCUAGGCAAUGGGGGUGGGGGCAGGGAAGGAAAGCUUUCUCCUGAAUCAAGCAUCUUUCUAUCACUGCCCAAUAUUCAAUAAAAGAAUAGUUGCAGAGGCUGAA